AUGUUUGAGCAGAUCUACAAAUCUGGCACCUGGCAGCACGGAAACGCGAGCCUGCCCCUCUCGGGCACCGGCUCGACGGCGGAGGCGUCCGCCAACGCCCGGAUCGCGCUGGCGGCUGCGCUCGGCCGCACCAGGGCGAGGAGCGUGCUCGACGCGCCCUGCGGUGAUUUUACGUGGAUGCGGCUGAUGCUGCCCACCUUUGCGCGGCUCGGCGUCCACUACACCGGCGUCGACAUUGCUCGGCCGCAGAUCGCAAGGCUGCAGGCGGAGUUCGAGGGCACGGCGGGGGUCGAGUUUCGGGUGGGAGACCUGGUGGUGGAGCCUCCGCCGCGCGCGACCGCGGGCCUCAUCUUCUCGCGCGAGAUGACGCAGCACCUCAACCCGGAGGAGGUGCUGCGCGUGCUGCAUCACUGGUCGCGCAGCGGGAGCAGGUACCUGCUGCAGACAACCUACCGGCUCAAGGACGGCUCCAACCGCAACUUUGACCGCGUGUCGCGCGGCUCGCACUCGAUGAUCGACUUUGAGCGCGUGCCGUUCAGUUUGCCGCCGCCAAUCGCCUCGUGGGUCGAGGACGACACGCACACACACACGGAGCGGCUCGCGCUGUGGAGGUUGCCUCUGCAGACGCACGUGUACGGCGUCGCGGCCGAGGCCGGCACCCAAUAUGUGAGCAACGCGAGAAGGGGGGAACACGAACAGACGUGA